CAGUCCAUUUAUUCAAGGUCAAGGAGAAGUAGAGUUAUUUCCAGUUAAUUACUUCAAGAAUUUCCUGUUUGUUCAGACCAGUUUACAACUUUCCAUGGUUAGCUUGAUAUGGUGUCUAUUAAUUAUCCAAGUGGGAAAAAGUCUGUGCUUGUUGUAUCCCCUUCACACAAAGUUAUUUGUAAAGCAAUAGUAGACAACAAAAAUGUAGACAAGACUAUUGUGAACACUUUGUGUCAGCAAAAUCCCGACAUUGUGGUGAAUGCAGUGGCCAAAUUAAUGGAGGAUGAGUGCCGCAAAAUAUGUCAUCGAGGGUCUGGUUCAUUUCUUCAAAAGAAAGAUUAUGAAGAUUUCAUUAACUUUCAGUGGGAGAAUCUGUGUCAAGACCUUCAGAACAGAUGUCCUCAUACUGUUUCUAUAAUAUCAUCCAUGGUGCAAAAUCCUCCCCCAGUGAUUUGCAGCAAACCCUUCUUUCAUGUGAUGCUCUCCAGUGCUAUAUGUCUGCAUGGCAGAAAUCAAGAAAUGUCUGCUCUACACUACAUGACAGCAUUUAUCCUUGCUCGUGGUGGUUGUACUCAAAGAACCAUUGAAUCACUUUGUAAGGUUGGACUGUGUGUUCAUCCCCAGACACUACACAAUAAACUGACAAGUUGGCAGGAUAAGUUGGAUGAAGAACUCAAAACCCUAAAGAUAAAAUGGACAAACAAGGAAGAGGUUCCCCAAAAAUACCAGUUGGUGGGUGACAAUUGGGACAAAGACAUUCUACCUUCGUAUCGAACCAGUGAGAGAAAAACAGAGAGUCUCCAUUUGUUCCAAAUCUAUGCCAUUGUUGACAGGUACAGCACCACGAGUCCAGUGGGGUCAAGUGGAUAUGAAGAAAACAUCACAUACAUCCCCUCUCUUCUUGAACAAACACAGUUAUUGAAGGAGCUUACAUUUGUUUUUGCCUCAGCCAUAAUUAGACAUGUUCCCCAAGUGUCAAAACACUUUGAGAAAAUUUUUCCGAAGCAUUUGGAUCAUGAACAUUCAGCUUUCGCAGGAAUAAAAACAACACAAUAUUCAUUGGGACUCUUUGAUACGAAUGAAAAUAAAACCGAUGAAGUGAUUCGGCUCCUUAGGCAUCUGACAGACCUGUAUGUCCCAUUGGAGAAUGAAGAGGUUGUUGAUGCUGUUUUCUUUGGAGGCGAUCGUCUCACUGAUGAGAGAAUACAAUGUGCCCAGGUUGCACUUAAGGAUUCAUUGACAUCAAAAGGACGACUAGAGGGAUUCAUUUCAAAAUCAGAAGACUUUCACAGAUUGAUGAAUUUUCUCGAAGCCAUUUAUAAGCUGACGUACAGCACUAGCAUGGCAGGUGACCCAUGUACUGCCCACUAUUACAGGAACCUUUUGGGACAUAGAAGUGCUAAAGGACCAGUAAAGAAUGCGUACAGAGCAUACAAGAUGCUGUAUUAUACUAUUCUUGAUGCCAUCUGUGUAGUGCUCUUUAUGGACAAGCUAGGGUCAGUCGAUAUGAAUGAUCUUCCACUUCCAGAUUUUUCACAAAUGAGACCCAAUGACAGCCUUCAGUGGUUGAAUGAUGUGUGUAGGGAGCUGGUGGAAAAAUGGUUCUUUGAAGAUGGCCAAGAUAUUUGUGAGGAAAUUAGGAGUGUUCUUGAAAAUCCUCAGCAUGAGGAAAACUACUGGACUUCUACAUUGGAAAAUGGUCGUUUUAAAUGUCAUCAUUGUGAAAAAGAUUAUAAAAGAGUGAGUUCUUUGAAAGCGCACGAGUCAGGAACACAUGAUGUUUCUUUAAGUCAAGGAAAGAAAAAGAGCAAAUGCAGCAGUGAUGAACUACACGAUUAUGUGUUGAUGCUUUUUAAACUCAUUAUGCUUCACCGUAACUUUGACAGUGCUGUAGAUAUGGGGGAUGGGGGAAGAUGUGUAAGAUCUGCAAAGUAUGAGCUUCCAAUUUACCACAAAACAAAUAAAAUCAAAUAUUCCAUUUGCUCUAUUCAUACCACAGCUCUGUCUUCAGGACUUCUAAAUGCUGACCAAGAGGAACGAUUUAUAGUGAACCGCUUUGUAAAUAUCCAAGGAGGCAAGAACAACAACAUUGCUUUGGAUGAGUACAUUGAAAUGCUGAAUAGAGACAGCAAAGCCUCUUGUACUGGGCACAAAACCAAGGAAAGUAUACUAAAACAUUCCAAAGAGUAUCCUUUGCUCGUUCAAUUCACAAAACAAUUCGAGGAGGCAGGUGAUUUUGGUCAAAGGAAAGGAUUUCAUCAUCUUCCAUCCUAUGCAACUGAUGUUGAGAAAGUGGUAAAGGAUUUACUGGAGAACAAUAUUUUACAGAUAGAUGAAAACAGGAAGUUAAAAGUAAAAACAACUGGUUUAGACAGGAACCCAUUUUCCAAUUGUUCCCAAGGCUUGUCAACCAUGCUGCAUCGCCAUAGACCAUGGUCGCCAUAUGGAAGACUACGAGACUGUAAAUUUUGAAUUCACCAUUCCAUUACACUAUGAUAUUGUAAUGCAUACCUUAUUCAUUAUUUAGUCAACAUUUGUCUGAGAAUCUAUGAAAUUGUGAUGCAUACCUUAUUGGUUAUUUAGUCAAUGAGCAUUUGUCUUAGUAGUCUGCUAUGUAUUGACAUACCUACAUGCAUUUAAAGCAGGAAAGGUGUUAUAAGUGGCAUCAUAGGCAUGAGUCCGAGAUUAAUAACUUCAUUGACGUUUUUGAUAAGUGUGUCUAUAUUUUGUAUAAAUGAUUUAAAUAUUAAAUUCUUAAAUGUUUGAACUUGUGCAGUGAAAAUAUUUUAUGCAAUGUUUCACCAUUGGGCUAUAAAUAUUAGUUUCAAAAAUGCAUUUUUUCCUGUAUUCAACAAUUUCAGUAUAUAUAUAUAUAUAAUUAUUAACCUUGUAACUCUGCUUGCUUUUAUUUACCAAGGCCAAAAAAAUUCUCUUGGUUCCUGUAACCUGACCUACCCAACAUUUUACCAUCCGACCCAAUAAGUUUUUUUUUAUGUUUCUGAAAUUUCUUCUAAGAAUCUAGAAAAUAUAUCACACAUGUAUAGGAUACCUUUACUUCUUAAAUCUUGAUGAACAAACUUGCUUUGUAAACUUUUAAUUUUAGUGUUGUUGUGUUUAAAAUUUAUUGAGUUUUGGAAAAUAAGUUUUUUAAUAUUUUUGGGGGGUCAGGAAACAAGUACCCAGUAUACUCUCUUCUGGCCUAAGUAAUAAUACCUUCUUUUGGCACAUGUGACAUACAUGUGUAAUUAUCGUUUUCCUGCCAGGGGCUGGCAUAUCCUACAGUUAAAUGCUCAGAGCUAGUGAAUUUUAUUGCUAGAGGACAUCUCUUUAAUACAACAAAAAUAAAAUUCCACAACUGGUCAAAAGUAUUUGUGAUUGUUAAUUGUUUUCAUACUUUUUUUUCUAAAUCUAAAGUUCAUGUUGGGCAAAAAGUUUUGACUUGAAAAAUCUUUGUGCCAACCCCUGUUUGGUAAAUGAUGAUAGAUCAGUGUGUGGUGUUGACUUUUUACUUGAAGA